GUCAACACUAAUCUAAUCUCCUGAACCUUUAAAAAAUAGGUAAUUAGUAAUAAUAGAUACAGGAAGUCUUCAAGCUGCUCUCCUUCCAUUCCAUUCCAAUUCCGAGAAAAGGGCAGCGGGGGAGUGGAGAAGAGAAGAGCCAAAGUCAACCAGGUAUGAUGUGUUCAAUAAGGAGGCUCGCGUUUGUGCUUCUAUUGGCUAUAGCCUUGUCAAUUGAGGUUGCAGAGAGCAGAGAUUAUAGUAUCUUGGCUCAGGAUAGCUUGCCUGAAGCAAGCAAGGUGACGAGCCUAACAGCAGCCAAUGGAAAGCUGUGUCAGCUAUGUGAGCAGUACUCAACUAUGUCACUGCUCUACCUCAAACAAAACGAGACCCAGGCUGAGAUUCUUAGCAUUCUCCAACGCACUUGCGCAAAUCUUGCCCCUCUAAAACAGCAGUGCAUCACGCUGGUUGACUACUAUAUACCACUAUUCUUCAUGGAGGUUUCCAUGCUUAGCCCUGAAAAGUUAUGUGAAUCGGUUCAUCUCUGCAAGAAAGGGAUGAAGGUUCGUCUACCCACUCGGGCGGAUACUUGCGGUCUAUGUCAUCAUGUUCUUGUUGAAGUUCUUACCAUGCUUAAAGACCCCAACACGCAGCUGGAGGUAAUCAAGCUACUUCUCAAAACAUGCAGCAAGGCAGAGAACUAUGCACAGCAGUGCAAGCGACUGGUCCUCGAGUAUGUCCCGCUGAUUCUGGUGGAAGGCCAGAAGUUCCUUGAGACGACAGACGUGUGCUCUGCAAUACAUGCGUGCAAAACAGACACAAAGGCAUCAAUGGGAACCAUGCUUCUAUCUGCCACUUUGUGAAGAUGAUAUGAAUAUUUUCCGUACAAGAAGAUGUUGUGAAUCAGGAUGAGGCUUAUCUGCCUUGGAGAUCGAAUUGGGGAGAAAGGAUGAAAGUCAGACGUCUGUUGGAACUCUUUCCUCUAUUUCUAAACACUAAUUGGUGAAGAUUUGGAUGUGUAAAAAUCUUGGGUGUAAAUAAUAGUUGCAACUGGAGCCCUACCGACUAUUCUCUAAAUAAUAGUUGCAACUGAGCAGCUGCAACUAUCUCUAUGCAUUGGAUUGAGAAGUUUUAAGCAAUUAUUCCACUGUAUCAUCUAUUGUUUGUACUACUACAGUGAUUUAAUUCAGUGUUUCUCUGUUGCUCUGGCAA